GCUUCUGGACUAAAGUUGAAGGCAACAGGUGCUACCCAGAAUCUCUUUGCCUGUGCGUUCCACCCGGAGAAGGUGUUCUUGCACUAAACUCUCUGAAAUCGGCCUUUUAUCAAGCUGACAAUCCACCCCGAAACCAUCACGAGCCCCAGGAAAUGAUGACGACGAUGGUGAAGGAGACGGAAUCCAAGGAAAUAUCUCACCAAGAAACGAAGACACCAAAAGUGGAAGAAUUCUGUCAGGUGAUUGCCAAGAAGGAGAGCAAUGCCAACAGUCAAUGCCAAAUUUUUCAUGAGCUGGGCAACCCCGAGAUCCAGGAAGCCUGUACAUCUGAAAAAAAUCUCCAAGAGCAAAGUGUCGCCAGGAAGCGAAGAUUUACCGUUAGCUUGAAACUCAGUUCUAAGAAGUCGAGCCUGAGGAUGCAUGAAGUGGAAGGUGACAUGGAGGAGACCAUCUAUUCUGUCCUAAAGGGCCUCAAGGCAGCCAAGGUGGAGAUAGAGAAGCGGUCGGGCAGGGAUAUCCUUGUGCGUGGGGUGACUGGGAUCAAAGGCUAUGUUAAUUUGGGCAUGCCCCUCAAAUGCCUGCCUAAAAAGUCUCACUUGGAAGUGACAUUUCUCCAAUGGAAAGGGAGUCAGGAAGAGGAUGGCCAGAGCUACCGCCUAUAUGAUACCCCAGCCACCGAAUGUAUCCUAUUUCAUAUUCACACCAUUGGGCGGAAGCAGCGGAAGAUUGUUUACCGACAAGAACUUCACCAAGAAGGGGGCCAACUGUGCGUUUAUGCCUUGAAAGGAGAGAGCAUCAGAGAUGCCCUGUGCAAAGACGGCCGAUUUCAUUCCCAUCUGAAGGAGAGACAAUGGAAGUUAGUAGAGAACGGCGAGUUAGUUGUGGAAAACACGCUUAGUGUCGACCAAUUAAAGGACAGGCAUUUUGAGGUUGAGCUGGAAAGGGCCAGAGGUGUCAGGGCAUCAAAUCCUCCAGAAAACCGCGAGGGAAGAAGGCUGCACAGGUUGGAAAAGGCCGUCUUGGAACUCUAUCCCAAUCUAGAGAAUGAAAGUAAGGAAAUCGAUGCGCACUUUGAGCAGGAGCUGAAGGAAGAAGGAAGGAAGGCCAAAGAGCAGUUUAAUUUGCAUAAGAAGAACUUCGACAAAGUGAUCCAGGACUCCACCGAAGUCAGAGUUCAUAAGCUUCUUGCUAAGUUUAGUUCUUCCGUGGGGUACAUCUCCUGGAAUAACAAUGGAGUCAGGGGCUCUGGCACCUGCUUCGUCUUAAGGGACAGGUUCAUCCUCACCUGUCGGCAUGUUGUCGAUAGUAUCGUGGGCCCCGGGGUCGAGAAGGAUCAGUGGGCAGAGAUAAUCAGCGAGUGCACAGAGGUGACCUUCACUUUCGAAGGGUCCCGCAUGAACAAAGAGGAUCUGCUCGGGGUUGAACCUUGGUUUGAAGUCUCCAGCGUAGACCUUGAUUAUGCCGUCCUGCAACUGAAGGACAGUGAGAGGACCUUUCCUCCCGGCCUGCUUGACCAGAUUUCUGCCCUACCAUUUAAUGGUUUGAUUUAUAUCAUCGGUCACCCAGAAGGGAAUAUCAAGUCAACUGACAGGUGUACCAUCGUCCCUAAGAAUCAGCGGGAGAGGGAGAUACACAAACGGGUCAGCGCCAACGUAGGCCACAACUUCGAGAACUGCUCUGAUGUCAUUGGCCAAGCCAAUUGCCUCCACACCUUCAGCCCGAGAAGUUUUAACGAGGAUGUGGUUCACAAUUCUGACCAAUGCACCUACGACACGACCUUCUUCGGGGGUUCUUCGGGCUCACCGGUGUUCGAUGCCAAAGGAAAUCUGGUUGCCAUGCACGCGGCCGGCUACCUGUACACCUUCCGCAGGCAGGUCCACAGCAUCAUCGAGAUUGGCUAUUCUAUGAACUCCAUCAUCUUGGAUAUCAAGGAGAAGCACCACAGCUGGUUUUACUCUGAAGUUUUAAGAUCUCAGGAUGUAGAAAUGCCGAGCGACAAUGAAUCGGAAUAAGAUACCGGCGUCUGGCCAACCUCUUAAGAGAUUUGGGAAGCUUUGAAUUGUUCCUCUUCAAUGCUUCAAUGCCAACUAGGAGACUCAUCCGAGGAUCAUAUCUCCCCCUCGUUCAGAGGUUCGAUCGAUCUGAUUCUCUCCGGAUGCUGUUUUUGAUUUUCUCCGGAUGCUGUUAACUGUGGAUUCUGUGUUAUAGAGACACACUCUCUCUCUCUCUGUCUCUCUGUCUCUCUGUCUCUCUCUCUCUCUCCCCCUCUCGUUUUCUUUUGAUCCUGGUUAAAGCACCAGGCUAAGCAUUGGAAUAGCAAUAAGAUGACCAGAUGGGACACAGUCCCAGACCCCUGCUGGGCUUACAGUCUAAGACGAGGGGAGAGCCGGUGUC